CCCGGAGCCAGACGGGAGGCGAGGAGGACACUGCCUGGACACUGGUGUGGUCGCUGGGUGCUCCGCAGACCGCUGACACCAUCCAGACUGAAAAUGGUGUUUGGACUGGGCUGCCAGAGAGAAAGGCUCUACAAGCCCCUGUACACAGCGCAUCUCUUCAUUCUUGCAGAAAACCCACAAACCAGAACCCGCACAGCCUCGUGUCCUGUGGCAGUGACCUUCAACGCUGGCCUGCACACCGGUAAUGGUGUGGUGUACUACUAUUUUCAGGGGCCUGUGGGGAAGACAGCCCCUGACCAUGACAUGGCUGAGGAGCCCUCACAGCUUGAAGGGGAGACCUUAAGGCCGGUGUGGGGGCCGAUGGAUAAGUGCUACCCUGGGACCACUCAGAGACGCAGAGUGAAGAGCGGGAAGAAGCAAGCCUCUGAGGCCAGGACCCCCAAGGCAACGGGGGGACUGAGCAGUGCUGCCCCCACGGAGGAGACUGAGCUCUGGUCUCAGCGUGCGGGGGAGGUGAGGCCCCCAGAGGAGGAAGCGGGCAGCCUGGGCCCUGUGGCCAAGGAGCGAGAGGCGGCGGGGACCCCAGGCUGGGAGGUGAGCAGAGACGUCGGACAGGAGAGCGUGGCACACCCUCCGGAAGUAUCUGAGGAGGACAGCGAGGAGGAAAGGCCUGGGGGCUGGGUCCCCCAGCUCCUGCAGAAGCUCUGGCUGGACUGGUUCCCAGCCCCUGACAUCCCGAAGACGCAGAACCACGAGUGACCAAGUGUCCAAUAAAUCCGGAGACUUGCUGCUUCUCCUGGCCCAGCCGCUUCCUUUCAGGGGCUUUGUCUAAACGCAGCAAGGCCUGGUCCACACUCCCUGCCCAGACGAGCUGCCUCUGAGCCGCCCCCACAACUGCUGGUCCUGCGGAGAGGCUCCCGGCCCCAUGCCAAGGGGCAGAGCAAGUUCCCCUAGGGUGGAGAGCUGGGGAGCUCCAUGGCGUGACCACACUCGGAAGGUGCUGGGGGGCCCCCGUCAGGGGUGCUGUUGGUAUGGGGCGGAGGGGUGUCCUCUGGCGAAAGAGACACCCUGACCUCUCCGGUCCGCAAACAGUUCCCUGAAGGCACCAGGCGGUCUGCCCAGG